CUGGAAGUAAUUUUUUUUUUUUUGGUAAAAAAAAAACAUUACCUAAAUAUUGUACCAUUGUAGUAUAUGAUAAACAAGUGCAUCUAAUAUGAACCACGAAAAAAGAUUUUAAAGGUAGACCCUUACAAUUUUAUUAGGACCCAAUUUUGAAGAUUAGAACAGAAUUUCCAAUUUCAGUUUGAGAAAGGUAUGUUAAAAAAAUUAUAAACUAUUGAAUUCUAUAUGAUUAGGACCACAAUUAGCUAGCCUUGACAAUGAUAGGUCACUAUCAGAAGUAAAUUUGAUAUUUAAAUUUCAUUUUUCGUACAUACAGAUAUUUUUGAGAAGGAGAACAAAUUAGCAACGUUUCUAUCUUAUGAAGGAGAACAAAUUUUGGAUGAAGCCAAUGCUUUCACUAGCAUGCACCUCAAAGACCUUAGUGAAGGUAGAAGCAGUAUUCUCAUUGAUCAAGUGAAUCAUUCAUUGGAGCUGCCAUUACAUCGUAGAGUCCGAAGUCUUGAAGUUCGAUGGUAUAUUGAUUCAUAUGAAAAUAGGAAGGACGCAAAUAAGGUCUUGCUUGAAGCAGCCAAAUUGAAUUUCAAUAUUGUGCAAUCAACUCUACAACAGGAUCUUAAAGAAAUGUCAAGAGCAGAAGGUGAAGAUUCUACCAAAGAGAAUGAAUAUUUUACCAGGCAAAGGAAUGUAAUACAGACAAAGAGAUUCAGAAUAAAAAGUAUCAUAAGCAGUCAUGUUCUCAUGUGGAUCCUAUAUGUGACAUGUUUGAGCCUCAAAGGAGAGCAUAGAUGCUGGAUACUAGUUUCAUCCUAUAGAGUUUUUGGUUCAACUAUAAAUUUUGCUGUAUAUUAACAAAGAAUUUGUAUCUAUAUUUGGGUGAGUGUUUGCUCACCAUUACGGCACAA